CCGUGUUGAAACCCCCCUGUUAGACGUACCUUCUGUAACGCCAGCCGCCAUGUCUGAAACGCAGCCCCUCCAAGACAUGCUCAAUCGCCUGCACGAGCGCAUUGCACAGCUCGAAGCGCACUUGGGCUUUAAGUCUCCUUCUCGUGACGCAGGCAGCAGCAGCGUUGGCCAGGCUGCUGCGCCCGUGGUGGAACUCGCGCCUCGCAUCACCGCCUACGACGAGUACACGGCGUCGUACUUGACUCCGUUUCUCGCUGCCGCAGACAAACUCGGUGAAGAAGGCAAAGCAUUCGGGGCCAUUGUCAAGAGCGCGUUUGACGGCCAGCGCACGUACCUCUUGGCCGCGAGCGUGUCCAAGAAACCGACGACCGGCCCUGUCCCUGCCCUUCUCGCGCCCAUCCAAGACGCCAUCAAGAGCGUCAACAAGUUGCGCGUCAAGGGAAACGAGUUCGUGAACCACCAAAAGAUGCUCGGCGAAGGCAUCCAAGGCUUGGGCUGGCUGUGCAUCGAGCCAGCGCCCAAGCCGUUCAUCGAGUCGUACAUUGGCGGCGCGGACUUUUGGGGCAAUAAGAUUCGAGUCGAAUUCAAGGCCACCAAGCCCGAACAUGUCGACUUUGUCGCGACCUUUAAGGCCCUGCUCACGGAAUUGAUGGCGUACGUCAAGGAGCACCACACCACCGGUGUCACUUGGAACCCUCGCGGCGGCAGCGUGGACGAUUUUUCGGCGUCUCCAGCAGCUGCUGCCCCUGCUGCGACUCCGGCACCAGCCAAACCCGCGGCCGCUGCUGCCGCCGCUCCCAGUGCUUUGAAUGCCUUGUUUUCAGGAAUUAAAUCCAUCGAUCAAAGCAGCGGCAAGACAGCCGGCUUGCGCACCGUGACAAAGGAACAACAAACGUGGCGCGCCGAGUACAAGGCGGACGGCGCGGCGCCUCCUGCGCCCACCCCCAAGCCUGCUGCCGCCGCCGUCGCCAAGCCGGCCGCCCAGCCCAGUGGCGAGCCAGUCUGCGAAUUGCGCAACGGCAACUGGUAUGUGGCGUACCAAAAGGACGUGUUCACCGUGAAAGAUGUGACAAUGAAGCAACAAGUGUACAUUUUCGGGUGUGUGAACGCGACGAUUUUGAUUGACGGCAAAGCCAAGACCAUUGCCUUGGACAAGUGUGUCAAGACCAAGUUGAUUUUCGAUGCCGCCGUGUCGUCGAUCGAAAUUGUCAACUGCAAAAACGUCCAAGUGCAGUGCAAACUCAAAGUGCCGUCGGUGGCAAUUGACAAGACGGACGGAGCACUCGUGUACUUGUCGUACGAAGGCCGCGAUGCACUGAUUGUCACGUCCAAGAGCUCGGAAAUGAACGUGGCGUUCCCCGCGUCAGCCACGUCCGAGGACUACAUUGAGCGACCGAUCCCAGAGCAAUUUGUGCACCGCAUCACGGACAGCAACACCGUCGUGUCGGAUGUGUCGGACCUGUACUCGCAUUAAUCACAACGCCAUAGUUGAGAGACAACGACUUUUGCGUUUUAGCUUGGACUUUACCUGAAAAGUGUCGUUGACGUCAAGUACGGUACCACCGGGGUUUCCCUGUGACGACGACUUGACCAUAGCUGUGCCACUGUACAGUACUAGUACACUGUACUAGGACGAAUGGAAUAACGUUGUAUACCGUUGCGACGGUUGGGAGCAACGUAGUUUCAUCGUGAG